AUUGUUACUUUGUCUCCUCGAGUGAACUCCAUCUCCUAUACCAGGCGCCUUGUUCAAAAAUGUUUUCGAAGGGUGUUAAUGUUUUCAGAUUUGCAGUUAAUUUGAGGAGUUUCGUAACUGUUUCUAAGUCUGCUCAAAAAGUUGCAGUGUUAGGUGCAAGUGGUGGUAUCGGACAGCCUUUAUCACUUCUUUUGAAACAGUCGCCCUUAAUUUCUCAUCUUUCACUGUACGAUAUAGCCCAUGUGAAAGGUGUGGCUGCAGACCUUAGCCACAUUGAAACCCAGGCGACUGUGACAUCCCACCUUGGACCAGCAGAACUUGCAGAUUGCCUGACUGGUGCAAAUGUCGUCGUCAUUCCAGCCGGUAUGCCGCGAAAGCCCGGGAUGACACGUGAUGAUCUGUUCAAUACAAAUGCAUCUAUUGUUGCUCAGCUCGUUGAUGAAUGUGCUAAAAGCUGUCCAAAGGCGAUGAUAUGCAUCAUCACAAACCCUGUCAACAGCACUGUGCCAAUUGCAGCAGAAAUUCUAAAACGUCAUAAUGCAUAUGAUCCCAAGCGUCUUUUCGGAGUUACUACGCUUGAUGUCAUACGAUCAAAUACCUUUAUCGCUCAGGCGAAGGAUCUUGCUGUACGGAAAGUUUCUUGUCCUGUCAUUGGUGGUCACUCAGGUAUUACAAUUCUCCCGGUGAUUUCUCAGUGUACUCCCCAUGUGUCAUUUCCACAGGAUGAACGGGAAAAAAUUACUAAACGUAUACAAGAAGCUGGUACAGAGGUUGUUGAAGCGAAAGCUGGAAUGGGAUCUGCUACAUUAUCGAUGGCCUAUGCUGGAGCAAGAUUUGCUACCUCUCUCUUGGAGGCUAUGAGUGGUCGGGCGGGUAUAGUAGAAUGCGCUUUUGUUCAGUCAGAUGUUACGGAAUGUGAAUUCUUCUCAACUCCCCUUGCACUUGGUGCCUCAGGUGUUGAAAAGAAUAUGGGGAUUGGGAAAUUGAACGAAUACGAGAUUGAAUUACUCAAGAAACUAAUUCCAGAAUUGAAAGCAAAUAUUAAAAAAGGCAAAGAAUUUGCAGCUACUUUUACACCUAAGUAGAUAAGUGUAACUAGGAGGUGUUCAGAUCUUUCCAUUCACCAUUUACCACCACCUAGCAUCAUUACGUUAUUCUUUUAUACAUACUUUUCUGUAUUUCAUCUGCAGUUAUUUGUUCUUUUAAUUAGUAGUAUCAAGCCUGAAUUGAUCGUUUAAAGUGAAUAAAACUUGGUUUUCAAGUUUUGUUUUGUUCAAUCUUUUAUCUUUUUGUUUUCAAUUGUUUUUUAGGUGUUACUUGAUAAUAAUUGUUCAAAUAUAAAAUAUAUAUAUAGAGAAGCCUUUGUUUUUAUUAGACAAUGUCAUUAGUAGUUGCCUUUUCCUCUUCGCCUUUUUCUUCUGUUUGCUUUCAUUAUCUCUCUUUUUUCUUUUGUUAUUUCUUUGCCUUCAUUCUUCUCCAUCUACACUUGAUGUACUUGGUGUACUACUGCACACAACAUAGCAAUUUCGCAUUGCUUCAGUUUCCUGUUUGUUGACAAAUAUGAUAUAAUUAGUUAAAAUUAAGUGUUCUAAUUUAUCAUGAAAAAAAUGACAUUUCAUGAAGUAAAAAUAAUAAUAAUAAUAAAGUGUAUUCUGCUUCACACAUGUG